AUGCAAGAAUCAAUAUAAAAAUUGAACAAAACAUCAACUAUUUUAAGAUUAUAUAUUUUGAUUUGUUCGAUAUUUGUGAGUUUAAAAUUGGACAAUUUCAUAAACUGGGAAUGGAGUGCUGUAUUAUGGCCUUUAUGGUUUGGCUUAUUUUGUUCGAUUGUAAUUAGUGUUGGAUGUCUAAUCAUAACUUUCAAUAUGGUAGUUUAAUAUUUAUUUGAGUAAUUGACGACUUAAAAAUCUAAAUUAAUUUCUUAUAUAUGGCUAACCCAAUUGUCUAUUUUUGCAACAAUAUGCAUAGGACUUACUUCUUUAGGCUAUUUAGAUUACUUAACAAAGUAACUGAAUUAUUAGAAGAAUUUCAAAAUCCUUCAAUAUUUCAUCAUAGCUGAACUCAUUAUCAUAAUGUUCUAUUCAGUUUGUUUUCAUUGUUAAAUAAAUGAAUACAUUUUCAGUAUCCUCUAAGAUGACGAACCGUUAAGCAACUAAUAACAGUUGUCUGCACACACUCAACCAAAUAAUUAAACAUUAUAAAACUUGAAUGUACUUUCUUCAAGAACUGGAAUACCUCUAGUAAUGCAGAAAAUCUCCAAAGCCUAUUUCAGUAUUCCAAAAGGAAGAGAAAAGUAUGUAAGGGACUCUAUAAAUGGUUCUCCUGAACCUAAACAAUCAUAAAAAGGACACAAAAGAGCAUUUUCUAGUUAAGGUGUGGGAUCUGAAGUGCUUCAAGAAUCAGAUUUCAAAAUAGUGGAAAAACAAUAGAGUGUUAUAAAUUAAGUUAAUUCAAAUAGAACAAGAUCUUAAGUGGAAAAAAAAAGAAGCAAUUCUUAAUUAAUAACUAUUGCUAGAGAUGAAUCUAUCCAAAACUAGAAAUUAGACAUCAGUUAGACUAGCAAUGUUUGUAUAGUUUGUUAUGAGCGUGGACCGAAUGCAGUGUUUAUGAAUUGUGGACACGGAGGAACUUGCUAUUAAUGUGCACUUGAUAUUUGGAAAUAAAAAAUGGAGUGUUAUUUAUGUAGAGAUAAAAUUGUUUAUAUUUUGAAAGUAAAUCUUGAGGAGAGAUUCGGAGAUCUUUUCAAAGUUAUUUCAACUACUUAAAUGAUAGAUCAAUUUAAUAAAUGA